UUCUUCGAUAGACUGUUAGUCAGUCUAUCCAUCGGUGGCUGAGGUGGUUCUCCCAGUUUUGAACCAGUGACUAGAAUAACCUUAAUUGCAGGUAACAAUGCUAAACCAAGAAACAAGACACAGCAUGGUCGUAACGACACCGAAUGUCGGAUUUACGGAAAUACCCGAUUCAGACUUGAACUGCAAACCAGACCCGAAAAGAUUGGAGCCAGAAGAUCCCGAACCCGAAGAAAAAAGCUACUAUCAAAAAGCGAAGCCGUAUUUGUGUACAGGGUUUUACAUAUUACUGGUUAUUCUUUAUUUGAUCUACUUCGGUUGGGCCAUGCAUUUUGGGCAAGGAGACGGGGCUUCAAUAUGUCUUCUCAUUCUCACGCUCUUUGCGGCUUUCAUUAUCCUCUACCACUUCUUGAAUAACAGGCUUAAACUUAACGACCAAAUCGCCAAUAAUGUUAGUGAAAGAAUGCAAACAUACACCGGAGAGAAGAUACGGACUUAUUGCAGAUGGUUUAUGAUAGCGUUGGCUCUGGCUGUGGUGAUAUGGGUUAUCGUGGAAGUGGCCAUCAAACAACCGAACAAUCUGAUAUCAUUAGCAGGUCUUGCAUUUUACCUGAUAGUAUUCUACAUUUUCUCAGUUGAGCGGAAAAAGGUCAAGUGGCACACAGUGUUCUGGGGCCUAAUGAUUCAGCUGAUCAUGGCCAUCAUAAUCAUUCGAACCCAGGCCGGCUACGAUGUAUUCGAGUUUUUGGGGGAGCAAGUCUCCGAUUUCCUCACCCACAGUGAUAAGGGAGCAGAAUUCGUGUUCGGAGCAAAAUACGAAGAUCAUCUGAUGGCCUUUAAGAUAUUCCCGACCAUAGUAUUCUUCAGUUCCAUUAUGUCGAUGCUGUAUUACCUGGGAGUUAUGCAAGCUAUCGUCUUAGUCCUAGGCCGAUCGAUAUCUUUCUGUAUGGACACCACUCCUGCCGAAUCUAUCACAGCAGCAAGUAAUAUCUUUGUUGGAAUGACAGAGUCUCCACUACUUGUCAAACCAUUAAAUGACAUGACUAGCUCAGAACUCCAUGCUGUCAUGACCGGAGGAUUUGCCACCAUUUCCGGCUCACUACUGGGAUUCUAUUCUAACUUUGGGGCUAAACCGCAGCAUCUCCUCUCCGCCUCAGUAAUGUCUGCACCCGCCGCACUAGCUCUGUCUAAGUUGCUGUAUCCAGAAACAGAAAUCUCAAAAGCUUCUGUCAAAGAUUAUGGCAAAAUUGGUAAAGGUCGCUGUAGAUCACAAUUUUGCACACAGGAAACUGAAACAUUGCUCACAACUUCAACUUUUCAAGGAGAUAGUGAUGGAUCCGAGAAGAGUUUACUUGACGCUGCCUCGAGAGGUGCUUCCCAAGCAAUUAAAUUGGUCGCAAAUAUCGGUGUCAAUCUUAUAGCUUUCAUUUCCAUAUUGUCUUUUGUAAAUGCCGUCCUUAUGUGGCUUGGUGACAGAGUCCACAUCGAAAAGUUAACAUUUGAGAAAAUUUGUUCUUACGUUCUCUACCCAAUUGCCUUUUUGAUGGGUACAGCACAAGACGAUUGUUUGCAAGUCGCUGAACUGAUUGGCACCAAAACCUUCCUUAACGAAAUGAUCGCCUACAGUCGACUGAAAAAGUUCGUGGACAACCGCAGAAUUUUCGAUAAUUACACUAACUAUUAUAACAUGACAGACGAUUGGACACAGAUCGGUAGAGAUAUAUUCUUAAAUCAAACAGGUACCACAUUAGUAGGAGGCAUUAUGGAGGUCCGUUCUGAGAUCAUCUCCACCUAUGCCCUUUGUGGUUUUGCCAACAUUGGUUCUAUGGGUAUUGUACUGGGAGGACUUACCAUUCUGGCACCCCAAAAGAGAGACAUCAUUGCACAAACAGUGGUAAGGGCAAUGAUAGCCGGCAACGUCGCUUGUUUCCUAACAGCUUGUAUUGCAGGUCUAAUGAUCUACCAAUAGCGAAAACGCCUCAAGUUUCAAAAUGCUGUCCAUCAGAAAACAAACAGAACCAAGAACUCAUUUUCAGAAUCAUUUUCAGAAUCAAGUUCAGAAUCAAGAACUCAUUUUCAGACCAUUUCAUGGGAUUUUCUAGAAAAACCAAGAAAAAGAAAAAAAUAACAGACAAAUAAAAUGAGAGUGAAAAGCGAGAGA